AAUUCAAGCUCCCGCCAACGCUUGACAAUUGUUCUUACCACGACGGGCGCCCUUAGACUUUGCACCUUGCAACUUGCACCUGUAACCCGCCGACGCUCGCUGAAGCACCGGAACACUCUCUCCAGGCCGACAGCGCAGCGCGCACCCAUACGCUCCUUUGCUGUUUCGCUCUCCCUCGCCCGACACCAUGGCACAACAGUACGGCUCGACCCUCCUGGAUCCCUCCCCGCUGCCCGCGCCCACAUGGCUAACAGUGAGACAGAAUCACGUCGUCCUUGAAGGACUUUUGGCACACAAUGACCUCGUACGACCGACACGCCUCGCACGACUCCCCGUACCGGACUGGCCGUCAUAUAUACUAUAUCCCAAGAGCCGCCACGCCGCCCUCACCUCCAUCACGGGCAGCGGCGCCGAGUCUCGCACCGACCUGCACUCGCCCUACCAGCACGACGAGCUUGCGACCAGCAAUGGCUUCAUCGGCUCGCCCCGGGGCCCCAAUACGACGCUGGACUCUGAUGCCUUCGACAAAGGCGCCAAUGGCCAGAUUCAGAUGCAGGACUUCAACGAGGGCCUGCCCCCGCCCCCACCCGUCUCCCACUCGUGGCGGCGCAUUGACCGCUGGGUCGAAGACCACUACCAGGAGCUGUUUGACAACAUGUGCGAGGGCUGCACCUCCAACGACGUCAACGAGCUGGAGCACGAGCUCGAUGCUACGCUACCCAUGGACAUCCGCGAGUCAUUGCAGGUCCACGAUGGUCAGGAGCGUGGCGGUCUGCCUACCGGCGUCAUUUUCGGCCUCAUGCUGCUCGACUGUGAGGAAAUUGUCAUGGAGUGGCGGAACUGGCGGAAGGUCGCCGAGGAGUACCUCACCACAAAGGUCGACUACAGCUCCCCCCAAAUCCCUGUCAAGGCCUUUGCUGGCUCCUCUACCGCCCCGCCCGUCGCCCAAGUUCAGUCCACGGGCAAUCCGCUCUGGCGCCAAGAUCUGCUUGCCCGCCAGGACUCACAGCCACCAAACGCCGUGCAAAAGGCCUACGCCCACCCUGCGUGGAUCCCUCUGGCCCGCGACUGGGGAGGCAACUACCUCGCUACCGAUCUCGCCCCGGGCCCUAAUGGCACGUGGGGUCAAAUCAUCAUCUUCGGCCGCGACUACGACUGCAAAUACGUAGUCGCUCGCUCGUGGGGUGCUCUGCUCGCCAUGGUUGCCGAUGAUUUUGCUUCCAAGGAUGUACACAUGGACGAGGAAACCGGCGAGCUCAAACUCCUCGCCUUCAAGCGCCAGAACGUAGAACCGCCCUACCUUGAAGUCCUGCGCUGGCGAUGUGAUCAGAAGCACGGCCGCCGACCACAGAACAAGAGGCGACCCAACAGUGGCUUGCGGGUCAACCCCAACGCCCCCGGCAUGGUUGUUCCCAGCAGCACUGCGAGCAGCCCCUACCACAGCCCUGUCAUGGUACCCGAAGACCGCGGCCGCACCCCCCAUCGCUUGUCAAAACCACCAAAAGGCGUCAGCCCACGGGGCAAGCUUUCAAGCCCGCUAGCGCGCGUCGCUGAGGAAAACCCACAGCCCGCCCGCGUACAGCCCAACCUUGACUCAAAGGCUGCGACACCCGCCGAGAACCUCAUCUCCGUCGACAACACCCCAAGACCAAGUGACGAGCUGCCUACUCCCCGCAUGAGCAUAGGCAGCGACAAGGAAAACAAGGAUACCAAAGACACCACAAAGUCAGAGCGAGCGUCGCUCAAGAGUCCCGUUACUGCCAAGGAGGCAGAAGAACUCAAGACUGUCGAGAUAUAG